AUGACAACUACGUUGAGAAAAGAGACGGUCUUCGAGAGACCGUUCGAUUUGGUAGUCCAAGUGUACCUCUCGAGAUACCCAACCACCGAAGACUUCCCGAGGCUGCUCGACCACCAAAUAAGCAGAAUUAAGUGGGAUGUCGACAAGGGCAUAUUCUUGUGUGACAAAAGAUCAACGAUGUCGGUGCCAGUACCGAAAUUGCUGCAAAAAAUAUCAAAGGUUGACCACAUCUAUAUAUACCAAAACCUCGAAAUCAACAUACCAGAGAGAACGAUGAAAGAAGACUCGUGGAACAGGGCCGACGCGAAAAUGUACAGGAUGAACGAAGACGCAAAUUGGAAAGGUUGUGACGGAGAGAAUGGAAACGAGUUCACAAAGUUUGUCGAAGAGUCAAACGUAACAGUUAACGACAAAGUGCCCAGCCAUGUUGUCAAAAUUGUGAUGAAAAAAGUACAGAAAGUGUUCGAGGAAGGCUACCAAACGGCGCGUAACGUGGACACCGUCUUGUUUCAGAAGUAUGAAAACAACAUGUUACCAGUAAUGGGGUCGAUACAAGAUUUCUGCCUAAGGCAAAUUAACCACCAAAAUCUCGACGUAACACUUGACUUUACCCAAAGCUUUGAGCAUAACUUCGAGUUGUCGCACCACGAAGGAAAGUUUAUUUGA